AAUCUAAUUACAAUCACACUGAACCUUCCCUAUAAAUACUCAAUUCCCAAAUCGAAUAAUCGUCGUUGCUCUAAAACCCUAAAAAAGCUCUAGCACCCAGAAUACUCCCCUCAGAUCAAUAUCGAGGGAAGGACAAAGGAAGGAAAAAAACAUUACAAGGCAUAUCUGUGAAGGUAGUCGUCUUAGAAAGUGAGAAGAAGUCUCUGAAUCCCCUGCACUGCUUUAGACUAGAGCACGUGAAACUGCAAAAACAUGAAUGCCCCUGACCGAUAUGAGCGAUUUGUUGUCCCUGAGGGUGUUGCCAAGGUUUCAUAUGAGAGAGACACGAAGAUUAUCAAUGCGGCAUCAUUUACCAUCGAGCGUGAGGACCACACCAUCGGAAACAUAGUCCGCAUGCAAUUACACAGGGACGAGAAUGUACUCUUUGCUGGCUACAAGUUGCCUCAUCCCCUUAAGUACAAAAUCAUUAUUAGGAUUCACACUACCAGCCAAUCUUCACCAAUGCAGGCAUACAACCAGGCUAUCAACGAUCUGGAUAAGGAGCUUGAUCAUCUGAAGAAUGCAUUUGAGGCUGAGUUGGCAAGGCACUCUGGGAGCCAGUCGAGGCAGUAUUAAAGCUGCAGGGGGUUGCAUUAUAAAUGGUUCUCGUGUACGCUCAUGAUGUAUACCUGUGACUGCAUCUGAGCUUUCGAUUUGAGAGAUCUCUUUUAUGAUAAUCUGUCUGUGUUUGACAAGAUGUAGAAUUGGAUAUAUUGGAAGUGGAGAACUGACUUUAUGGAAAGAAAUAUUUGCGAUAUAUGCACGCAUGUUCAUGUUAUCUAUUGUAGACUAGUAGUAUACGCUUAAGUA